UAGUAUUAAAAUCAUUUAAAUCUCGUAUAUUUAAAGGAAAUGUAUAAUAAUAUGUUGUACAAUGUGCGCAAGAUCUUCAAAUUUACAUGCGUGUUGUGUGUAUGCAUGGAAAUGUUAUUUAGUUCAAAGCUUCUCUUGGGGGUAGUUAAAGUUAACAUAUAAAAUGCUCCUAAUUUCCAUGCUAAUAAUAACAUAUUUCUCAAUUGGAGCAUCCUCUGUGCAGAUCAAUUAUAUCAAAGUCCCGCCGUCAGUGCGUAACAAUACGAAUCGCCCUGUGAUCUUGGACUGCAAUUACUCGGUUCGUCCUGAUGACACAGAUCUCGUGGUCAAAUGGCUUUUGAACGACGAAGUCGUUUACCAGUGGAUACCACCGAAACUUCCGCAGAGUUUGGGCGUUCUGAAAGAUCGCAUCGACUUAUCUUAUGCAGCCACCAACAAUCCGAACACGGUUCACCGGGCGAUCAAAAUUAAUAAUCCCAUCACUUCGAUUGAGGGAGAGUACAAAUGUUUCGUGUCGACGUUCGCCGAUGAAGAUUUCAGUGCUAAAGUUAUGAUCAUUUUCGAACCUGAAAAAUCUUUGGAUAUGUACGAAAACAAACCCAGUCGCAGUAAAAUUAAUUUCACGUGCAUGGCUUCCAAGGUGUACCCGAAACCCAAGUUGUCGCUCUACAGGGACAAAAAGAACGACGUUAUAAAUAAGAAUCCGUUGGAAGCGAUUGAAUGGGACACAGUUCGACAUCAAGAGGAUGGAAGAUUCUCUUCGUUCAUAGUUGCUACCGCCAAUUUGGACGAUCUGGAUCCGGGCGAUCUGAUCAAUUGCGAAUUACGUAUACCCAUGACUGGUUAUGUCAAGAGGAAGAGUCUUAUUUACUAUCCUUUAGAAAUGACAACAAGAAAUUGUGUAUUAAGUUUUAAAAUGAACUUA